ACACACUUAAUAUAGUAGCUACAAAAUGGCUGACGCUGCAGAUUUGGAGCGUCGAGCUCGCAAGAGCUCUAAGGGUGGUUUCAUACAAUUCUUCCUUGGUGGCGACGACGAAGACGCGCACGACUUGUAUAACCAGGCUGCUAACAUAUACAAGCAGCAGCAGCAAUGGCAGGAUGCAUAUCGUUGUUACUUAGAGGCUGCCAACCUUGGUGAGAAGAAAAACGAGUUCAUAUUCGCGGCUUCUAACUUAAUAGAGGCGUCUAACGCACUUUUGAAGCAAAAUGAGCACACUACUGAGCAUAUAGAUCUCCUACUUCGUGCUUCAGGACUAUACAAUCGUCAGGGUCGUUUUGCCCAAAGUGGGCGUAUAUUGAAAAACGCUGCUGACGCUUUCGAGGCUCGCGGUGAUCAUAAAAACGCUAUAGAUUUCUAUUUAAAGUCAUCUGAAUUCUAUGAAUUGGAUGAAUUUGGUAAGGUAUCUGCAUCUCAAGUUAGGAUGAAGUACGCCGAGCUUGCAUCUCAGCACAGUGGUAAAUACACUGAGGCGAUAAAGAUAUACGAAUCCGAGGCCCACAAGAGCCUUGGCAACCAACUACUGCAGUACGGCGCCAAGGAUACAUUCCUAAAGGCUGGUUUAUUACACUUAGCUGCCUGUGAUGCCACUGACGCUCAAAUUGCAUUUAAUAAGUACGGGGCUGCCGACCCCAAGUUCACUACAUCCAGGGAAGGUCGAUUCUUAAAGGCAUUGAUCGAUGCGUGUGACGCCGAGGAUCACGAUAUGUUCCAGAAGGCUGUGGUUGAUUACGAUGGAAUAUCGCGUCUAGAUCCGUGGAAGGUCCAUAUGUUAGUGAAGAUUCGUGAGACUCUUCCUAAAAGUCAUGUUGACGUCGGGUCAGUACCGGCUGGCCAUCCUGUGGAGGACGACCCUGAUGAGCACAUAGACCUUACUUAAU